AUGGUUAGGUUGCUUAAGCCGGCAAUGCUGGUGCUGCUAGAAACCAAGAUGGCCAACCAUCAAGCGCUGGCUCAAGCUCUGGAUUUUGAGAUAAUCAUCCAAUCUCUAGCGGUAGGCUUAUCAGGGGGCAUUGUGUUCAUGUGGAAAGAAGAGUUAGUGGCUGUGGAGGAAGUGGUCACGACACCCCAAGGAAUACAUGCUAUGGUGAAGGUAAAACCUGACCAUCCUCCGUGGCUUUUUUCUGCUAUUUACGCAAGUAACCUUAUCUCUGAAAGAAAGCUCCUAUGGGAGCAGCUAACAACUAUAGCUAGAACAACCACUCAUAACUGGUUCAUUGGGGGAGACUUCAAUGAAGUCUUGAAAGCUAGGGAUAAGUUUGGGGGAAACCCUAUAAACUUAAACCGUAGCAACCAAUUCUGGAAUUACAUAAAUAAGUGUAAUCUUAUUGACUUGGGUUACAAAGGUAGUAAAUACACUUGGACUAAUAAAAGAUACACCAGCGGUAAUACCCUAAUCCUGGAAAGGAUUGAUAGGUGUUUUGCGAAUGAAGGUUGGAUCAAGCAACACCCUGAGGCUAGUGUACUUCACUUACCUAGGACCCACACUGAUCAGUGCCCUUUAAAAUCCAAAUGGAAGGGCCCCCAAACAAUAAACUAUCCAGGCCCUUCAGAUUUGAAACAAUGUGGGCUAGCCACCCAUCCUUCCCUAACAUCAUAA